CACCAAUCGUAUUACGACAGUUUGACCUACAAGUGCUCAAUAACCUGGCGCGAACGCUAUUCUCUGCUCCCCACCCGCGCAGCUUACAAGGUACCUUCAGGCUAGACACAAACCUACCAAAGGCUGGAUAUUUCAAGUCAUAUGCCUCAAGGUUUGUAUCUAUUCUAUCUAGCUGAUUUCCCCAAAUUCCUGGUAACUUUAUAUUUAAGAGAAUCGUAUUAAAUGUGAUCUGAAAGUCAACAGGAUAUUAAUUACAGUAUAUCAAGUACCAUGCAGUGCAGAAAUUAUACCAAGGUACUUCAGAUAACUCCUGUGGAUAUGCUGAUCAUAUGGAAAUUAUAUCCAAAGCUGUUCAAGAAUGGGAUUCCACAUUUAUUUCAUUCACAAAGUCUUGCAAACAUUUAUAUGAAAGUCGUAAGGAAAAUAAUCUACUAGUUGAUGUCCAACCGUGUUUUUCGUUACCAAUUCUAAACGAACUCAUUGAAACACGCUUAAGUAUUUCCAUGAAAUUAGCUGUUGGCAAAUACCAAGAAAAAUCAUUCGAUGCCAGAGACAAAUUUAAUCAUUCAACGGAUCAUUUAUUUACUGCUCUAAAUUCAUUUGCCGAGGCCGUUAUAAACCAUUACGUUCUAAACACUCGCCUUCCUAAAGUUGUAUCAAUUCAAAAUAUCCUGAAUGUAAUAAAUUCCUUUAAGAAUAUGUUGGCUGAUGAGUGCGAUGCAAUCAGAUUAUUCCACUUUAAACAGAUUUUUAUUGAUUCAUUUGACACUAACGACAAAUGGACCGAUUACUUUCUGUCUAGUAAUUCUCUAAGUAAACGUACUUGGUGUAAUGAUUUUAUUGUACAGUUAAAUGCGUUGCUAGAUUUUUUGAUAUAGGGCUGUCGAUCUAACUAUAGGUUUUUUAUUUGGAUGCAGAUGUUAGUGAUGGUAAAGCCCCUGCACAAAAAUAAUUUUUACAAUUCUUCUGUGGUAAAUAGCUAUGGAAUAAAUAACAAUAGUUGAUUUGUUCUUUUAAUGUGUCUGUUUGAAGGAUGAUAAGAUUUAUUUGUGAUCUUUUUUUAGUGGAUCUUUAAUCGUAAAAUUCA